AUGGCAAACAAGCAGCGUCAGCAGCAGUUGCGACUUAACCCGACUCCAACGCAAAGCGCCGAAGAAGAGCCAUCGGUUGUUGAGGGCGAGAUCGUAGCAUCCAUUGUUGCGGGAGAAGAUACCGAGCAGCUCUCUGAUUUAUCGGAAGGCUACGAGGGUUCAUCGAGAAGCUCCAAGAAAGGAAGCUCGUCAUCAUUUUCGUUUUGGUACUACCGAAUCGCCCCGCUCGUGCGCAACAAGCAAGUUCGGGUUUUGUCGAUCAUCAACUGCAUCCUGACGGUCAUCAAUCUCUUCAUCUUCCUCCUCCUCAUAUCCCUAUGCUUCUGGCUGCUUAUACUCAAAAUCAAGGUCUAUUUUCCUAAGCUGUACAGUAUUUCAAAGGCAGCGUGUCCAUAA